AUGUCAUACAAUACACUGUCGACAAACGCCUUUCCUAUUUCACCAUUCAUGGAAUCCUAUUGCAAUAGUAAUAAUAAUGUUCCUAAUAAUCUCACAUCGACAAACUAUUAUGCACAAAAUCAGACUGUACAUAUGAUGAACUCCUCACCAUCCACAUCUUCUGCUUUCAUCAAAUCACCGCUGGAUACUCUGAGUUACACGCCACCACACUCACUCUACACAAAUCGUCAAUUUCACUCAAAACAUUCACCCAGUCAUCAAAACGAUGGCGACAACAGUGACGGACGUUUCAGUGGUCACCAUAGUCAACUUAAUGAGAAUGCACAUUACUCUGAUUCACUGUUAUUCCUUCAAUAUCAUAAUUAUAUUCAUCGACAAAAUGGAGAGAGGAGUAAUGUGACGCUGGAUGAAAGCAGUUCUCCACAGAUGAAAUCAACUCCACUUCACAGAGGCAGUCAACAUUCUCGUCACAAUCAUAAUCAUCACCAUCAUCCUCCGCAUCAUCGUCAUCCUCCUCCACCUAAUCAACGAUCAUCUCAUUUGGGAGAUAUUCAGUUGUGUGGUGGAGUUCUACACGGAGAAGUGAGUGGAGAAGAAGAUCCGAAACCGAAUUUCAGUUAUAUUGGAUUAAUAGCCAAAGCAAUAUUGAGUACUCAGGAAAGACGUAUGAUACUCUCCGAGAUCUAUCAAUGGAUCCAACUACGUUAUCCAUAUUUUCGUACACGUGGUCCUGGUUGGCGUAAUUCAAUUCGACAUAAUCUAUCAUUGAAUGAUUGUUUUAUUAAAGUUGGUAGAGCUGCCAAUGGAAAAGGACACUACUGGGGAAUACAUCCAGCCAACUUGAAAGAUUUUCUCAGUGGUGAUUUCAGAAGACGAAGAGCACAGAGGAAGGUACGUCGAGCAUUGGGAUUGACACGUCCUGGUGAUCGAGACGAUGUGGACGACACUGAUGAUGAUGACGAGGAGGGAGCCGAUGGAGACGACGGUGAGGAGAAGAUAGGUGUAGAGAUGGGAGUGAAUGACAAAGCCAGUCGUUAUUCUCUAAUCACUUCUCAAAUUCCAUCAGCUCACUUUAUCUCACGACGAACUACCAAACAACCUUCAAAUGUACCCAAAUCUGUGAAGACAAUCCAACCGUCACUAAUGACAACAACACAUCAUCCAUCUACACAUUCACUACACAGAAGUACCACACAGACAACCGGGUCUGAUUCAUCACAAACCACACCAUUCAAUCCAUAUCACCCAUACCAGACAUCCAAUAUGAUGUCUCCCAUUGUCAAUCAGUCAUUCAAUAUCCCACUCACUAACACCACACACCUCCAACACCACAAUACACCCGAAUUCACCUGCAAUACUCCAUUCCAAACAGUCGGAAUGAACACAUCGAAUGAAUUGAAGGCAACACUGGAGACACUGAAACACCUCAAGUAUUUCUAUCCUCCAUCACAAAUCAAUAUUCCACCGACCAGCACAUUGAAGAAUGUCAAUGACACAUUGACAGAUUUAUUCUAUGCUAAUUUAAUGCACCUGUUACACAACAACAGUCAAUCAUCAGUUACUCCACAUUCUGAGGAUCACUUGACAUCCUAUGAACAGACUAGGCGAUCAGAUCAAUCGACUCAUCUCAGUUGUGGCCACAAUGAUUGUAAUGGGAAUGAUGAGAAAUCUCGGAGUGAUUCAUCCAAUCAGACACUUUCACAGGAACAUUCUCAACCACGUGUGAUGAAUGCCAGCUUCAAUGUGGCCAAUUUGAUUGACCAUCAAAAUCAUCAUGAUGACCAAUCACAUCAGAACGCCACUUGUGACAGUGAUGACGGCAACGACAACGAUGGUGAUGGUGAGGACGAAAAAAGCACCUCAGAAGGGAAGAUCACAGAUGAUAAUCAUAGAGAAUAUGACUCUCUGAAUAGACAAUCUGUCCCUUCCCAGAAGUACUCAACUACACCUAAUCAUCAGUUGUUAGAUAUGGAGGAUGACUUGAUGUUGUCGGUGUCGAAUAAUUCUUCAGCGUCAAGUAAUACAGAGAGUCCAUUAGAUUAUUCAUUAAUUAAAUAA